AUGUCUAGCAAUCAGCUUUCUGAUGUCCCACAAUGUCACGACAGACCAAAAUGGGACAAUAAAAUGCAGUAUAUUUUGACAUGUGUUGGAUUUGCAGUGGGCUUGGGAAAUGUAUGGCGCUUUCCAUAUUUAUGUCAGACAUAUGGAGGAGGUGCAUUUUUAAUUCCAUAUGGAAUAGCACUGAUCUUGGUGGGAAUACCCUUAUUUCAUCUAGAACUUGCAAUUGGACAACGCUUAAGGAGAGGAAGCAUAGGAGUUUGGAACACGGUUUCACCAUACCUUGGAGGAGUUGGUAUUGCUUCAAUGCUUGUUUCUUUUCUGGUGGGAGUGUAUUAUAAUACUAUUGUAGCAUGGAUCUUGUGGUAUUUCUUUAAUUCUUUUCAAAACCCUCUUCCAUGGAGUUACUGCACAACAAAUUCAAAUGCAACAGGUUACAACGAAGAGUGUAGCAGAAGCAGUACUGUUAGCUAUUUCUGGUACAGAAAAACAUUGAAUACAACGUCAAGCAUAAAUGAGAAUGGAGGAUUACAGUGGUGGAUGGUGAUGUCCCUUGUCGCAGCUUGGGGAGCUGUAUAUCUGUGCACUAUAAAAGGAAUUCAAUCUACAGGAAAGGUGGUUUACAUUACUGCUACUUUUCCUUACAUUAUACUAUCUAUAUUCCUGAUUCGUGGGUUCACAUUGCCUGGUGCCAUUGAUGGACUGCUAUAUCUAUUUACUCCAGAUUUGGCAAUUUUGAAAUCUCCCCGAGUAUGGCUGGAUGCAGCUACCCAGAUAUUCUUUUCACUUUCAUUGGGUUUUGGAGGAUUAAUAGCAUUUUCCAGUUACAACCCAGAGAGGAAUGAUUGUGAAAAGGAUGCAAUAACUGUAGCAAUCAUCAAUAGCUUGUCAUCACUAUAUGCUUCCAUCCCAAUCUUUUGCAUUUUAGGAUUCAAAGCAAAAAAUGGAUAUUGGGACUGCCUGGACAGGAAUAUUGUUUCUUUAACAAAUGAAUUUGAUCUAAAUGAAAUUAAUAUUACAAGAGAUAACUACAGUGAGUCUUUCAAAAGUCUCAAUUUAACCUUUCCAGAAAGAAUCACUCAUCUAGAUAUGAAAGAGUGCAACCUGCAAGAAUUUCUGGAUCAGAGUGCCUCUGGCACCGGUUUAGCAUUUAUUGUCUUUACUGAAGCAAUAAUUCAAAUGCCAGGGUCCCAGGUGUGGGCUAUUCUCUUUUUUUUAAUGCUGUUCACCCUUGGUCUGUCUUCAAUGUUUGGAAAUGUGGAGGGAGUACUGACACCAUUGUUAGAUCUUAAAAUCUUUCCAAAGUGUGUCCCAGUGGAGGCUAUAUCAGGAAUGGUAUGCCUGAUAUCAUUUGCAUUCUCUCUUAUCUUUACAAUGGGAUCUGGAAACUAUUGGCUUCAAAUUUUUGACACCUUCACGGGUUCUUUAACACUACUAAUAGUUGUUUUUUUUGAAGUUAUUGCUGUUACAUAUGUAUACGGAAUUGAAAGGUUCAGUGAAGAUAUAAAAUGGAUGACCGGGAGGCGUCCAAAUAUUUACUGGCAGGCAACAUGGAGAUUUUUAAGUCCAUUACUAAUGGUAGCUGUAUUCUUUUCAUAUGUAGUUGUUCAGUUUUCAACUCCUUUGACCUAUGAAACUUGGAAUCCUAACUAUGAUAAAUUCCCUAUGAAGAAGAUAGAAGAUUAUCCUGGCUGGGUUCUAACGAUUUGUGUUCUGUUGGUGGCUAUUCCAUGCAUGUUCAUCCCAUCAGUUGCACUCUUCUACUUUUUAAAAAAAAAGUUGACAAAGAAACAAAACUAUAAAACAGAAUAUUAUAAAAAUAAUGGAUAUGACAUAAAAGGGGAUAUGUGA